AAUAUUUUAUGAUUUAUUUUCGUCGCAAGUCAAAUGAACGGUAGGUAAUUUUAAUUUUAGUCUAUUCCAAUUUAAUUCACGACGACGAAUCGUUUAUAUGCGUGCUAUAUUUGCAUAAAAAUAUUUUACGUGCUUAAUAUCGACCCAUUUUGCUGUGAAUUGUCGAAAAAUAAUACAUGACUCAUUGGUGAAAUCAAAUGUCAGUUAGAUAGCAUCCAAGGUUGGUAAAGACUAGGUUGCCCGAUAACGUGGAUGUCAUGUAUGAAAGCCGUUACGUCACAACAAUUCCGAAGAAUAAGCAGUGUUUACGUUUGAAUUAAACAUUAUAAUAAUAAAAUCACACAAUUUAAUUUCGAAGGAAACACCUUGAAUUUAAAUUUCAUUUAUCCUCAAAAACAUUCGAAUAAAUUGACAAAAUCGUAUAGUACAACAGAUGACGUCACCUGUAUAUAUCGGACAAGUUAUCGGUCAACCUAUUCAUUACUAACCUUGGAUAUAUUCGAAUAAUGGUCAUAAAGAUUUCUUCUUUAUCGAUAAACAACGCGGGAAAUUAUGACAUUACAUAAUUCUUUCUAGUUGUUUAUAAAUAUGUGUGAUGGUGUGUAGAUUUUUUUAAAACAAAAUUAGUGAAGGUGAUCGUUGAAUAAACCUGUUUAGUGUCGAGUAGUUUUUAUUGUAAUAAAAAAUUAAAUUCUCCUCGUAACUGACAAUGCUACGAAGCCCUCUCAACUUCUGAAAUUAAAAAUUACAAGAAACCCGCAUUUUUCUUAAAAUCGUACCACUCGGUCUGUUAUUGAUGACCGGUCACGGGAAUUUAAUUUGUUUUAGUCACUACCAAAACCAUCAAAUCGGAAAAGAUCCUUACCUCCGGACGCGAAAUAUAAAUCAAAUAAAAAUAUUAUAUACGAUACCGAUUAAUUGAUUUAUAAAUAAUUGUAAUAGAAAACAUGGAGAGUGGUAAAAAGGAAGCGCCUUUAGCUACUUUAUCGACGGUGGCUCCAUCUCUAGAAUCCAGUCCGAUAAAACGCGAAGAAAUCGUUCUCACGGAACCGUUCGAAAAACCGGAAGUUACGUUCAUAACUAACAGUCUAUCAUCGACAUCCUCCUCGUCGGAAUCCGAUUCCGAGGAAGACGAAGUUAAACCGAAGAUACCCGAUGGCGGUUGGGGUUGGAUUGUAGUAUUUUCUUCUUUAUUGGUAUCGAUGAUAGCCGACGGGGUUAGUUUAUCAUUCGGUUUAUUAUUUCCGGAAUUUUUGAUUGAAUUUAAAGCGUCCAGUUCGGACACGUCUUGGAUAGGCAGUUUGUUUUUGGCGGUACCUUUAAUUUCCGGUCCGAUUAUGAGCGCUCUGGUCGACAAAUACGGAUGUCGGAUCAUGACGUGCGUGGGAGGUUCAGUGGCGGCGCUGGGAUUCAUUAUGAGUUGCAGGGCCGAUUCUAUUUCUAUUAUGUAUCUGACGUUUGGCAUACUGGCCGGUUUGGGAUUGGGGCUUUGCUACGUGACGGCUGUUGUUUCGAUAGCGUUUUGGUUCGAUAAGAAGAGGACUUUGGCUGUUGGUAUAAGCGCAUCGGGAACCGGAGUGGGAACUUUCAUAUUUUCCCCCUUGACUAAUUUGCUUAUUUUCGAAUUCGGUUGGAGAGGUACCACCUUGAUUCUGGGAGGGUUAUUUUUGAAUAUGUGCGUCUGUGGAGCUUUGAUGAGAGAUCCCGAUUGGAUAACAGAACAAAACAAGGUAAACUCGAAAUUAUCCAAAUCUAGUAAAUCGAGUAAAACAAGUUUGAUAUCGUUGUCAUCGACGAAUUUUUUGAAUAACCUCGAUAUAGACGAACUGAAAGACGUAUUAAAGAGUGGAAAAAACGUCGAAUAUCUUUUACAAGGCUUAGAAACUUCCAUAGAAUCGAAUAACGUGGAUAAAUCAGUUCUAAAAAAUAAUCAUAAUUCAGUUUUGAAUCUACCCACGUAUAUACGUCAAAAUGAGAAAGUGCCUAUAGAAGUAUUAGAACAACUCAGUUCGAAUAAAAAGUUAUAUAAUGUUAUAUUGGAAAAUUUUCCAAGUUUAUUAUUAACAAGGAGUACGUCCGAUAAAGGAUUAAAUAAAUUAGCAGAAGACGCUUCACUUAUUGAGAGAGUACCGAUCACGAUGUGUAUGACGUUAAAAAAAGAAGAAAAAACUGCAAAAAAACUGGAUAGUGUGAAAAACGGGAAGGAUGUAGAAGCACAGGAACCGUUAUUGAUCGAAAAAUCAUCGAAAAAAUUUGGCGGGUUGUCCAAAGUACCAACAGUACCGAAAUUGAAAGCGCAAUUAAAUCAAGCGCAAAGACAAAAUUAUUUUAAAAAUUUAAAAUUGCACAGACAAUCGUUAAUACAUCGAGGAGCGAUAUUCAACAAUCACAAAUAUCGAUUUAAAGCUUCCAGCUGCCCGAAUAUAUACAGAGUGUCCACGUUAACUUUGAAAAAGAGUGACGACGAAAAAUGGUACGAUGAACUACUAGACUUGGUGAAGGGAAUAUGCGAUUUUUCGUUGUUCUUAGAACUACAUUUUUUCUUGCUGUCCCUGUCGACCAUAACACUUUUUGUUUGGUUUAUAGUGCCGUAUUUUUAUUUGGUGGAACAUAUGACAAAGCACGGAUAUACUAACGAAGACGCGUCUCUUACUAUAUCCAACAUAGGUAUCACCAAUACCAUCGGAAUGAUCGCUUUGGGAUGGGCAGGAGAUCAACCGUGGAUGAACAUAACGAAAACUUACGCUAUAUGCUUGGUUUUAACCGGCGUAUCUUGCGCCGGUUUGAUGUUUUUCACGCACAAUUUCAUCGUGCUCGAAAUGUGCGCUGCGCUUUUCGGCGUUUUCGUCGCCAGUACCUACUCGUUCACUCCAGGAAUAAUAGUUGAAUUGGUACCGCUAGAUCGGUUCACCACCGCGUACGGCCUCCAACUUCUCUGUAUGGGUAUCGGACUUUUGGUAGGCCCCCCGUACGCGGGGCAUUUGUACGACGUGACCAACAGUUGGGAACAAGCUUUUUACCAAUCGUCCAUUUGGAUCAUAAUAUCCGGUCUGAUGGUAGCUCUAAUUCCGUACACGAAAAAUAGGAAAAUAUUGGGAAAAGGACCGGUGGAAAAAGUUAUCGAGGAUUCUAAAGACGUUAUUUGGAUCACUAUUUUGUUAAUCGGUAUAUUUUUAAUUUUACUCGUACCUCUUAUGUAUUUCACAAUCGUUACUAUUAUAUAAUUUUUUUUAUAAAUAAAUGAAAAUAAAUCAAA